UUCCUUCUGGGUUUGAAUGUUUUUAUUCACCUUUUCUGUUUUCUUCAUCAUAUUGUAUGAAUUAAAUAGUUGAAGAGUGUUACAAAACCUAACUAAGCAUUAUAUGCUUCUGUUGCUUCUACGGUCUAGAAAACAAAAACGGUUGAUAUCAACUGGGAAAAAAUAUUUGAAGAGAAGGAUUUCGAGUUUUAGGGCAGUUUAUUUACCUUAUUUUGUUAUUCACAGUAUGAUCAUGCAAUUCAAAGUGGGUGGAGGCAUAAAGUCUGAUUCAAUGGCAGUUGUUCUUAUGGUCUUAUGAAAUAAUUUUGCAAAGAAGCGUACUAAGUUUUAGGGCACUGCAUGUAUUUAUUUCAUUUUUCUUGGCAGGGCAAAAAUGUAAUAUAGAGUGGGGCAGAGGCAUAGACCUGAUUCAAUGCUGUCUUGAAGUGUCCUUGGGUUCCGAGUGGCAGGAAACUUGAAUAAUUUGCAGCAACAGGGUUUUAAGAUUUAGGGCACCAUGGACGAACCCUCUACAUCAGCAGGAUUGGAUCCUUCUACACCCGCAAUCAGCCCAAUGGACAUAACUAUACCUCCAGCAGCACCAUUAAUUUCCACAGAAGCAAAUUCCCUAACUUCAGCACCAGUUGCUACUGUUUCUUCAGGUAUUCCUCCUGCUGCAAUUGUUCCUCCAUUUAUCCCUCCCAAUGCUAUAGCAUCCACAUCGAUUAUACCUCCUCCUCCUCCUCCUCCUGUUAUGCCCCUUGCCCCUCUUCCUGCAGUGCCUGCUGUGGUUGCACCAAAUUUUCCUUCAUCUCCACUUGAUAAUAAUUCAUUUAGCUCAUCUAUAUCUGUUUCCCCACAGGUUGGAGUUCCACCCGUUGCCCCUGCUCCAGUUAUAAUUCCCAGGCCCCCGUUUGUACCACCUGUUCCUCCGAGUUCCUCUCGGCCUGGAGCUCCUCCCUCCUUUGUGCUCCCUGCCCGCCCUUUAGACAGUAAUGAUGAGCAAGGACCAGAUUCAGACAGCAAAGAUGAAAGCCCUUCUUCAAGCCCCGAACAUCCAGAUGAUUCAUCUGCAGCAGACUAUGAGAUUACUGAGGAGAUCAGAAAGGUUAGGGAGAGGCAGGAUCAGUUGGUUCAGGAACUUUUGAUGCGUAGGCGGGCUUAUGCAUUGGCUGUGCCUACAAAUGACUCAGCUGUCCGUGCUCGUCUUCGGCGGUUGAAUGAGCCUGUAACCCUGUUUGGUGAGAGGGAGAUGGAAAGACGUGAUCGGCUCAGAACGCUUAUGGCAAAGCUUGAUUCAGAAGGUCAACUUGAGAAGCUUAUGAAGGUUCAAGAAGAAGAAGAGGCAGCUGCAAAUGCUGCUGCUGAAGAUGUUCAGGACAUGGAAGGGCCUCAGUCUUAUCCUUUCUAUACGAUAGGCUCCCAGGAGCUAUUAAAAGCGCGAACUGAAAUUAUGAAAUUUUCACUCCCUCGGGCAGCCUCGAGGAUACAAAGAGCUAAAAGGAGGAGAGAGGACCCUGAUGAAGAUGAAGAUGCGGAAUUGAAUUGUGUCUUAGAACAGGCAUCCAGGAUUAUUAUGGAUUGUAGUGAAAUUGGAGACGAUCGACCUCUUUCAGGAUGCGCAUUUUCUUCGGAUGCAACUAUGCUUGCAACGAGUGCUUGGAGUGGAGUCACAAAAUUAUGGAGAGUGCCGGAAAUAAAAAAGGUUGUAGCUUUAAAGGGGCACACUGAACGGGUAACGGAUGUCGCCUUUUCUCCCAGAAACAACCAUUUAGCAACAUCCUCUGCUGAUCGUACUGCAAUACUUUGGAAUCCUGAAGGAGGUAUUCUAAAAACAUUUGAAGGCCAUUUAGACCGUCUUGCUCGUGUAGCAUUUCAUCCAUCUGGGUUGUAUUUGGGCACCACUAGCUUUGACAAGACAUGGAGAUUAUGGGACCUUAACACAGGAAUUGAAUUGCUACUGCAAGAAGGGCAUAGCCGCAGUGUUUAUGGGAUUGCUUUUCAUUGUGAUGGUUCAUUAGUAGCAACUUGUGGGUUGGAUGCAUUGGCACGUGUUUGGGACCUUCGUACAGGAAGAAGCAUCCUUGCUUUGGAAGGCCAUGUGAAACCAGUCCUUGGCAUAGAUUUCUCACCAAAUGGGUAUCACUUAGCAACAGGUGGUGAAGAUCAUACCUGUCGCAUUUGGGACAUAAGGAAGAGACGAUCAAUAUAUGUCAUACCAGCUCAUUCUCACCUCAUAUCACAAGUCAAGUUUGAACCUCAGGAGGGAUAUUUCUUGGUAACUGCUUCAUAUGAUAAUACUGCAAAGGUGUGGUCCGCACGAGACUUCAAGGCCAUCAAGACAUUGUCGGGACAUGAGGCAAAGGUUACAAGUGUGGAUGUAACUGCAGAUGGGCAAUACAUUGCAACGGUAUCUCAUGAUCGAACAAUAAAACUAUGGUCCAGCAACAAUAGUGGCAACGGUAAUGACAUGACUAUAGGCUGACAUUGUGAAGGGCAUAGCUGCAUGUCUUUGUCUGGGAUAUGUGAGCCAGAUAAACUAGGAGCAUACUCAAAAACAUUUGAUCAUCUGUGCCAUGCUCACCUCUGGGGACAUAUCCAUGCUGAAUAUCUAAUGUAUGGCAUGGGAAUCCAUUUUAGGCUUCAGUUCCACUCUUGCUUAAUCUAUUCAAGAAAUUCAUAUAAAUGAACAAAGAAUAUGAAGGCUGCCUGCUGAUAUUCUUAAUUAAAUUAUGAAUGGGAAGCAAAGGCAUAUUUACUUAA